AUGGAUCAAGGGUGGAAAAGGUUACCCUUGUUAGUAGUCUUCCUGCUAUUUUGGAAGAAUGCUCCUGGUUAUGCAUAUUCAACUUAUCGAAAUGCUGGCCAAUGGUGGGGUCAGCCAUCUGACAAUGCUUUCUUGCCUCUUGCAGUCCAGUCUUCUGUGCCAGAAGCCCCUGUGACUGGGGUUUUGCUUGAAGAAGUGGUCUCUAGUUUGCCAAAAAACACACCCAAGUUUAAUCUACUUCAGGUUGUUAAAGGUGAUGUUUCCAGCAGUUUUGACUCAAUGCCCCAAGCUCUACCUCCAAAUACCCCCUCUUCAGCUUCUCUGCCUGUGGAUCAAUCUGGUAUUGGUGGUUUAGUGUCACUUCAGGGUUUAUCUGGAUCCACCACAAGUGGUUCUGGACCAAUUGUUUUUGCACAAGGAGUAAGUGGCAGCUUCCCUUCCAAGACUGGAGUUUCUAGCCAGUCCACUAAUGACCAGAGCUCCCCGAGUCUGUCUAGUUCAGUUUCUCAAGGUGCCACCUAUGGCGUAAUUACCCAGGCUCAAGGUACAAGCCAGUUUGUUCCAGGGUCUUCAUCCCCAUAUGCAACCAUAUCAUCGCCCAAAUAUGUUACUAGUCGGUUGAUGACUGGACCAAGCACAAAGCAGUUUACCUCCGUCUAUGGCACCCCGACGGGAUCCUCUGCUCCUUUCAUUUUGCAAGAACUACUGCAGGGUCAAGAUUCAACAAGCCAGGUUGUUUCGGUACCUUCAACCCCAUAUGUAGCUGUAUCAUUGCCCCAAAGUGUUACUAGUCAGCUGACCCCUGUGCCAAGUUCAAAGCAGGUCACCUCUUUUUAUACCACCCAGACAGGAUCCUCUACCCCUUUCACUCUGCAAGGACUGCUCCAGGGUCAAGAUUCAACAAGCCAUGUGGUUUCAGUACCUUCAACCCCAUACGUAUCUGUAUCUUUGCCCCAAGUUGUUACUAGUCAAUUGACCCCUGUGCCAAGUUCAAAGCAGGUCACCUCUUUUUAUACCACCCAGACAGGAUCAUCUGCCCCUUUCACUCUGCAAGGACUACUCCAGGGUCAAGAUUCAACAAGCCAGGUUGUUUCAGUACCUUCAACCCCAUACGUAUCUGUAUCAUUGCCCCAAGUUGUUACUAGUCAGUUGACCCCUGUGCCAAGUUCAAAGAAGGUCACCUCUGUUUACACCACCCAGACAGGAUCCUCUGCCCCUUUCACUUUGCAAGAACUACUGCAGGGUCAAGAUUCAACAAGCCAGGUUGUUUCGGGAUCUUCAACCCCAUUCGUAUCUGUAACAUUGCCCCAAGUUGUUACUAGUCAGUUGACCCCUGUGCCAAGUUCAAAGCAGGUCACCUCUGUUUAUACCACCCAGACAGGAUCCUCUGCCCCUUUCACUUUGCAAGAACUACUGCAGGGUCAAGAUUCAACAAGCCAGGUUGUUUCGGGAUCUUCAACCCCAUACGUAUCUGUAUCAUUGCCCCAAGUUGUUACUAGUCAGUCAGCUGUGCCAAGUUCAAAGCAGGUUACCUCUGUCUAUGGCACUCAGACUGGUUUUUCUGCUCCCUUCACUCUGCAAGGACUACUCCAAGGUCAAGAUUCAACAAGCCAGGUUGUUUCAGUACCUUCAACCCCAUACGUAUCUGUAUCCCUGCCCCAAGUUGUUACUAGUCAGUCAGCUGUGCCGAGUUCAAAGAAGAUUACUGCGGUCUAUGACUCUCAGACAGGUUCCUCUGCUCCUUACACUUUGCAAGGAAGCACCACAUAUGGUGGACUAAUCCAGGCUCAAAAUGCCAAAGAUUCGUCUUCUAUGGGAUCUUCAUCCUCUGUCCUCCAGACCUCAACUGGUGACCUUUCUCAUCCUUCCAGCAGCUUUUCUACCCUAAGACGUUACUACUCUGUCAAGGGUUAGGAAACCGUUAAACUGCCAUAUGAUGCAAUGUUCCUAAACUGAUUUCCAAUAAAAUU